CACACGUCAAUCAUGUUUUCCGCCCAAGUGAUGCUGAGAGACUACUUGAGGUGCGUCAGCAACCAGAAGGAGAAGGAAAGGUCAGUUGGAGCUGAGCUCUGCGUCAAGACGCACGUUGGAGAGGAAAUCGGAAUCCUGUUUUUGUGAGGGUAAGUUCGUAUGAACAAUGUCUUUGGCGGAUUAGAAGAAGAAGAAAAAAAGGAUGUCAGGGGAAUGGAGCGAGCAGGGUUCCUCGGGCUCAUCCUUCAACAUGAGCUCCACCAACGCCACCAACUGCGAUCCUCUCCACACGGCAGAUCAGGCCAAUCUUGGUGCGGAUGGCGCGGCUGCCGUGCGCAUCGUCAUCUCGGUGGUGUAUUCGCUGGUGUGCGCGCUGGGUCUGGUGGGCAACGUGCUGGUGCUCUACCUGAUGAAGUACAAACAAGCGUGGAAGAAGUCCUCCAUCAACCUCUUCGUGACCAGUUUGGCUGUGACGGACUUCCAGUUCGUGCUGACGCUGCCCUUCUGGGCGGUGGAGAACGCGCUGGACUUCACCUGGCUGUUCGGGCGCGCCAUGUGCAAGACGGUGUCCUUCGUGACGGCGAUGAAUAUGUACGCUAGCGUCUUCUUCCUCACCGCCAUGAGCGUGGCGCGCUACAGCUCGCUCGCCUCGGCGCUGAAGGGCAGGCGGAGACGCCCCCUGCGGUGCACGGCGCGCUGGGUGGCCGCCUCAAUUUGGGUAGCCGCCGCCUGCGCCGCGCUGCCCCACGCCGUCUUCUCCACCACCGUCACCGUCUCCGGCGAAGAGGACCUGUGCUUGGUGAAGUUCCCCGACAGUGACGGCAGCGCGCAGCUGUGGUUGGGGCUCUACCACUCCCAAAAAGUGCUCCUGGGCUUCGUGGCACCGCUGGCCAUCAUCUCGGCCAGCUACCUUCUCCUGCUGCGCUUCAUCACCUCCAAGAACAUCAACACGUCCAGCGCCAAGCGCCGCGCCAAGGUGACCAAGUCCGUCACCAUCGUGGUGCUCUCCUUCUUCCUCUGUUGGCUGCCCAACCAGGCGCUCACAGCGUGGGGGAUCCUCAUCAAACUCAACGUGGUGCACUUCACCUACGAGUACUACACCACCCAGGUGUACGUCUUCCCCGUGUCCGUGUGCCUGGCGCACUCCAACAGCUGCCUCAACCCGGUGCUCUACUGCCUGAUGAGGCGGGAGUUCCGCAAGGCGCUCAGGAAGCUCUUCUGGAGGAUGACUUCGCCCGCACUCACCACCAUCAGGCCCAUCACGGGCACCACCAAGCCCGAGGCAGAGGACCACGGACGCGGCUUGGUGCCACUUAACUGCCCCAAGGAACCGGCAGUGGUCUUCUAUCCUCCUGGGGCGGCCAUGUAGAUCCACGGGGACUAGAUUCUUGUGAACUAACGUCUUUGUUUUUCAUGCAUUUUACAUUUUUACCUCCCCAAAUGAUGACUCUGACUUAGACACAAAUGUUAUGUUUACGCUAAUCAAAGAUCCAUGAGAUCACACGACUUAUGUAUCUGCUGUUUUUAAGGAUCUACUGUCAAAACGGUAAUCUGCCAUCCCCUAUGCGAUGGGAGUGAUCUGCUGUUUUUAAGGAUUUAGUGCAAAAACUUUCAUUAGAUGUGACGGGAGUGAUCUGCUGUUUUUAAUGAUCUGGUACAAAAACGUUAUUCAAAGAUCCUCUGUGAUGGGAGUGAUCUGCUGUUUUUAACGAUCUGGUACAAAAACGUUAUUCAAAGAUCCUCUAUGUGAUGGGAGUGAUCUGCUGUUUUUAAUGAUCUGGUACAAAAACGUUAUUCAAAGAUCCUCUGUGAUGGGAGUGAUCUGCUGUUUUUAACGAUCUGGUACAAAAACGUUAUUCAAAGAUCCUCUAUGUGAUGGGAGUGAUCUGCUGUUUUUAAUGAUCUGGUACAAAAACGUUAUUCAAAGAUCCUCUAUGUGAUGGGAGUGAUCUGCUGUUUUUUACGAUCUGGUACAAAAACGCUAUUCAAAGAUCCUCUGUGAUGGGAGUGAUCUGCUGUUUUGAACGAUCUGGUACAAAAACGUUAUUCAAAGAUCCUCUAUGUGAUAGGAGUGAUCUGCUGUUUUUUACGAUCUGGUACAAAAACGCUAUUCAAAGAUCCCCUAUGCGAUGGGAGUGAUCUGCUGUUUUUAAUGAUCUGGUACAAAAACGUUUUUCAAAGAUCCUCAAUGUGAUGGGAGUGAUCUGCUGUUUUUAAGGAUUUAGUGCAAAAACGUUAUUCAAAGAUCCUCUAUGUGAUGGGAGUGAUCUGCUGUUUUUAACGAUCUUAUACAAAAACGCUAUUCAAAGAUCCCCUAUGCGAUGGGAGUGAUCUGCUGUUUUUAACGAUCUGGUACAAAAACGUUAUUCAAAGAUCCUCUAUGUGAUGGGAGUGAUUUGCUGUUUUUAAUGAUCUGGAACAAAAACAUUAUUCAAAGAUUCUCUAUGUGAUGGGAGUGAUCUGCUGUUUUUAACAAUCUGGUACAAAAACGUUAUUCAAAGAUCCCCUAUGCGAUGGGAGUGAUCUGCUGUUUUUAAGGACCUACUGUAAAUACACUCUUCAAAGAUUGCACAUAUGACAGGAGCAAAAAAAACAUGCAUCAAAGAUCCUCUAUGUGACUGGAUCACCCUGCUGUUUUUAAGGAUAUAUUGCAAAAAUGUUUCUCAAAGAUUAUCUAUCAGAUAGGAGUGUAUUGCUAUUUUUAAGGACUUUACUGCAAAAACACUGGACUAAGAUCCUCUCUAUGACAGAAUACUUGUGUUGUUUUCAGGAUCUUCUGCAAAAGUGCUAGUCAAAGAUCUUAUAUGUGACGGGAGCGAUUUGCUGUUGUUAAGGCUCUCCUGCAGAAAUGCUAGUCAAAGAUCCUGGACGUGACAGGAGUGGUCUGUUGUUUUUAAGGAUCUACUGCAAAAGCAAGAUUCAAAGACCCUCUAUGUUACAGGAGUGUUCUGCUGUUUUUAAGGAUCUACUGCAAAAGCAAGAUUCAAAGAUCCUCUAUGUUACAGGAGUGCUCUACUGUUUUUAAGGAUCUACUGCAAAAGCAAGAUUCAAAGAUCCUCUAUGUUACAGGAAUGCUCUGCUGUUUUUAAGGAUCUACUACAAAAGCAAGAUUCAAAGAUCCUCUAUGUUACAGGAGUGCUAUGCUGUUUUUAAGGACCUACUGCAAAACUACUAAUCAAAGAUCUACAUCCAUGACACAAGAGUGCGCUGCUGUUUUUAUAAACUACCGCAAAACCACUAGCCCAAGAUCCUCACUAUGACAGGAGUGCUUUGCUGUUUUUAAGGACCGACGGGAAAACCACUACUCCAAGAUCUUCUAUGACAGGAGUGCUUUGGUAUGUGGUUAGUCUGUCCUAAGACUAACUGAUGGACCUGAUUUGGCCCAUGGGCCACCUGUUAAAUAGCCAUGCUUUUCAGCUUUUUUCUCAAACUGUGUUACAAGAACCACUGAUGGUACGCGGGAUCAUUCUAGGAGUUAGCAGGAGCAACAGAGAUUUAAAAAAAAAAAAUAGACUUCAAGCCAAACCUUGGUUGUUGAACGCCCCAGUUUUUGGU